CCUCGAUCAAAGUGGCUGGAGGCCUUGAAGGGUGAAGGAGGAGGGGGUGAGGGCGGAGACAGCCGGGAGCAGCAACAGGUCGGGAGAUGAGAUCGAUACGGAGACUGGAGCUCAGGUCAUGCGCCCUGCGGACUGCAAACAUCAUGCGUCUGGCGGUCGUCCUCGCGCUGUCAUUCCUAACACCAGGUGAGUGCGACUUGCUUCGCGACAGCGUGCAUGUGACAUCAGCAGCAGCGAGGCCCAACAAUGAGCUGUGGUGUUACAAGUGCCGUGCAGAUGACCCAGAGGACAAGUGCGCGGACCUCCGGCAUAACAAUUCCGCACUCAUACACAAGUGCCACAAUGAACGGAGAGUGUGCAUGGUUAAACGAUUCUCGUACACGACGUCCACAGAAAAUUCCACUACGGCUCUCAAGAUGUGGGCUCUAGAACGUAACUGCACCAAGCAUUGUGAGCCAGGCUGCAUUGUCAUCGGAGAAAGAACAAAACUUUACGCUUGUACAUCUUGCUGUACCACAUCCCUCUGUAAUUAUGGAUCCGGUGCCGAAAAACAAAGCUUUCAUCUUAUUGUAUCCGUUUUAAUUUUCAUUUUAUGCGUCAUUCUGUGUCAUUAAGAUAAAAAAACUGUAGAUAGAUAAUUUAAUAAUCUUUAAAAUAUUUCCAAAUAUUGCAAUCAAAUUGAAGGCAGUUUCAUCUGUCAAAUAUCAGUAGCUUUUAAAGCCAUUCGUACCUGUCUCUACCAUUUAAGGUGCUUAUGUACUUAUAGAUGCCUACAUUAGGUAUCAUAGGUUUAAAUCAAUAAAAAAUAAAAACUA